AUGAACUCAGCUUUAAUUAUUGCUGGCGUCUCAAUUAUAUUGGGACUAAUGGGCUUGGCUUCAAGCUCACCCACAACGACACCCAUCACAAGUUCCCCAAUUGCCAAAAUUAACCUCUCAACUGAGGAUGAUCCAGUGGAAAUCCCCAUUGAGUCACCGGUAGUCGCAGAAAGCAUAGCUCCAACAGCUGAGCGAAACAAAGAAUUAUUGAAACAACGACCGAGUCUCGCUCAAGAAACAUCUGAAAAUGAACAAGUUAAAAUAAAAUGCCAGAAUGCCUGGGAAAAGUUUGUGAUAGAGUUCGGAGCGAAGUAUAAAGAUAAUGCUGAGACCGAGAAACGUCGCAAUAUCUUUUGUGAAAACUGGAAAAAAAUUCAGGACCACAAUAGACAACACGAAUUAGGACUGUACUCUUUUAAGAAGGGUAUCAACCAGUUUAGUGACCUUACCUUUGAGGAGUGGAAGGACAAACAACCUACUUUCCGUCCAGAUUUGUUUGAUGAUGAAUCCACUACACAAGCAACUAAGAUGGAACAAUCUAAUUUGAAGUGCCAGGAUGCUUGGGAAAAGUUUUUGGUUGAUUUUGGUCGGAAAUAUAAAGACGAUGCUGAGACCAUAAAACGUCGCAAUAUUUUUUGCGAGAACUGGCAAGAAGUUCAGGAUCACAAUAAACAACACGAAUUAGGACUGUACUCUUUUAAGAAGGGUAUCAAUCAAUUUAGUGAUCUUACCUUUGAGGAGUGGAAGGACAAACAACCUACUUUCCCUCCAGAUUUGUUUGAUGAUGAAUCCACUACACAAGCAACUAAGUUAGACCAACAGAAGAUAAAAUGUCAGAAUGCUUGGGAAAAGUUUUUGGUUGACUUUGGUCGGAAAUAUAAAGAUAAUGCUGAGACCGAGAAACGUCGCAAUAUUUUUUGUGAAAACUGGCAAAAAAUUCAGGACCACAAUAGGCAACAUGAAUUAGGACUGCAUUCUUUUAAGAAGGGUAUCAAUCAAUUUAGUGAUCUUACCUUUGAGGAGUGGAAGGACAAACAACCUACUUUCCCUCCAGAUUUGUUUGAUGAUGAAUCCACUACAAAAGCAACUAAGGGUGAACAACCAAGGAUGAAAUGCCAGGAAGCUUGGGAAAAGUUUUUGGGUGACUUUCAACCAAAAUAUAAAGAUGAUACUGAGACCAAGAAUCGUUACAAUAUUUUUUGCGAGAACUGGCAAAAAAUUCAGGAUCACAACAAGCAACACGAAUUAGGACUGCAUUCUUUUAAGAAGGGUAUCAAUCAAUUUAGUGAUCUUACCUUUGAGGAGUGGAAGGACAAACAACCUACUUUCCCUCCAGAUUUGUUUGAUGAUGAAUCCACUACACAAGCAACUAAGGUGGAACAACCAAAGAUGAAAUGCCAGGAUGCUUGGGAAAAGUUUUUGGUUGACUUUGGUCGGAAAUAUAAAGAUAGUGCUGAGACCGAGAAACGUCGCAAUAUCUUUUGUGAAAACUGGCAAAAAAUUCAGGACCACAAUAGGCAACACGAAUUAGGACUGGAUUCUUUCAAGAAGGGUAUCAAUCAGUUUAGUGAUCUUACCUUUGAGGAAUGGAAGAAUAAGCAACGACAUUACUGAUUAGAUAUGCAGAACUUAUAUCAACCCAAAAAAGCACUUUAACAAAACCCACCUUUAAUAUAUAUUCUGAUAAAGUUGAAAAAUAACCCAA